AUGGAGCAGCCGCGCAGCUGCGGCGAUGGCACGGAGGACGAGAAGAAGCCGCGGCGGCGGGGCGGCGGUGCGGACGCCGGGCCUUCCCAGCUGCGGCGGCGGAGCAGCGGCAGCGCGGCGGUCGCGGACAGCGCGGCGGGUCCGCCGCCCCGCGAACGCGGCGGGUCCGUGAGCCGGCAGCGGCGGGACUCGGUCCGCAAGAACCGCCCGCUCUUUCCCUGGUUUGGCUUGGACAUCGGAGGGACGUUGGUCAAACUGGUUUAUUUUGAACCCAAGGACAUCACGGCCGAAGAGGAAGAGGAAGAAGUGGAAAACCUGAAAAGCAUCCGCAAAUACCUGACCUCAAACGUAGCCUAUGGCUCCACAGGCAUUCGGGACGUGCACCUUGAGCUCAGGGACCUUACCCUGUGUGGACGUAAAGGCAAUCUGCACUUUAUACGCUUUCCUACUCAUGACAUGCCUGCUUUUAUCCAAAUGGGGAGCGAAAAGCACUUCUCAAGCCUCCAUACUACCUUAUGUGCCACGGGAGGUGGAGCGUACAAAUUUGAGCAGGACUUUCGCACAAUGGGUGACCUUGAGCUUUGUAAGCUCGAUGAGCUGGAUUGCCUUGUUAAAGGAAUGCUGUACAUCGAUGCCAUGGGAUUCAAUGGAAACUCAGAGUGUUACUAUUUUGAGAACCCAACAGAUGCUGAGAGGUGCCAGAAGCUCCCAUUCAACCUGGAGAAUCCCUAUCCUCUCCUUCUGGUGAACAUUGGCUCAGGGGUCAGCAUUUUGGCUGUCUAUUCCAAAGACAACUAUAAACGGGUAACAGGCACCAGUCUUGGAGGUGGAACCUUCUUUGGCCUCUGCUGCCUUCUGACAGGCUGCUCCACGUUUGAGGAGGCCCUGGAGAUGGCAUCCCACGGGGACAGCACCAAGGUGGACAAACUGGUCAGGGACAUCUAUGGAGGAGACUACGAGCGCUUUGGGCUGCCAGGCUGGGCUGUGGCAUCCAGCUUUGGAAACAUGAUGAGCAAGGAGAAGAGGGAAUCUGUCAGCAAGGAGGACCUGGCCAAGGCCACUUUAAUCACCAUCACCAACAACAUCGGCUCCAUAGCGCGGAUGUGUGCCCUUAAUGAGAAUAUCAACCGUGUGGUGUUCGUGGGCAACUUCCUUCGGAUCAACACCAUCUCCAUGAGGCUCCUGGCCUAUGCCCUGGACUACUGGUCAAAGGGACAGCUAAAAGCACUUUUCUUGGAACAUGAGGGUUACUUCGGUGCAGUCGGUGCUCUCCUGGGACUCCUGGACUCAGCCUGACUCUGUGCAGGAUCUGUGUUGGACCUGUGGAUUCAGGGCACUCCCUGGGCCACUGAGCCCAUGGUUUGGGAGUCACUGAGCCCAUGUUUCUUGUCACAGCCCCCACUGAGACUGUUCCACUCCGGUGGCCUGGGGGGACAGGUGUCUGUUAGAGAUGAAAUCAUCUGGGAUUAUGGUGCAGGUUUGUUCCAAGGGCAGUGAUUGGAGUACACGGGCUGGACGUGGGGGUGUAUGGGAAUGUCUGUGGGGCAUUUCAGUCACAUGGAAUUGCCCUUUUUAGGUAGCUUUACUCCAUGUUUAAUGAUGGUGACAAAGCAGAGCUGGGGUGGUUUGCUCCUUCCAUUGGGAUCCCUUGGAGUCCGAGUGCCCUGGUCAGUUCUGUGUUCACAAUCAGAGGUUCUCCAUGGGCUGGAAGAUGGUCUGGGAAGGGAGAAGAGCAUCAGCACAGCCCUGUUGUGUGUAACUAACUCUAUAUGGCCCACUGGACCCACACUGGGACACAGCUGUGCUGUCAGCCAGGCUUUACUUAUCCCUGUUCCACGUCCUUAUCUCUGUCCUAGGGACAGAAGGUACAGCACAGCAUGGAUCUGUGCCUUGGGCGAGCCCCAUUUCAGCCUCCAGCACUCCUACACAGUCCUCAGCACCCUUUGGGAUGGUGUCAGGGGUGUCUGUCAGCCUCCAGCCUUGAAAUCUAAAUUUGAGGAUGGAAUAGGGGUAGUCGUCGUCUAUUUUCUCUCUGUUAGCAAACUCCACCAAAGAGACACUUCCUUCAGUCACACUUGGAUCUCUGUAAUAUUCCACGUUACAUUUAUUAAUGGCUACGCUCCUGUCAUUUUGAGGGACUUCUCCCCUUUGCCUGCCUGCUGUACUUCCUCUUUUCCCUGUGCAUGCUGCCACACAGCCUGCGAGCAGGAUACUGCGGUGUGGAGCCCCUGUGGAAGUUGCACCCUGGGGAUGGGGGGUUGGAAUGGAUCCUGCACGCUCAAUAAAUGCUCUCUAAAAGCAAUGAGGUAUCUGCACCUUCCCUCGGGAUGGGAGCUCAUGGAGAUAGAGCUUUGGAAGUGCUGUUCAAGCAGGGAAAGCUGUUCAGAUCCUCCAGGUCCUCCAGAUUAGGUCAUGGUGUUAGGGGUUUAUCCCAGGGUACCAGAGUGACCAUUACCCUGACCCCAACCCACCCUUCCAGUCCUGGUUUCAUCCCAGAGAAACCUCCAGCUCUCUGAUCCCCUUGGGAGCCUGGCUGGAAGUGCUGGACAACCCCGAGCCCUUCCCUGCCUUGUGAAUCCCACCCAGCUCUGCCUGUUGCUGUAUCCAAGGUGGGUUCCUUGUGUGGCACCUCCAUCUGAAAAGGGAGGAAAUUAUGGAGCCAGAGGAUGUUUGUCUUUAUACCUCAGCUGACUGUGAGCUGGGAUUCUGGACACAGCCAGGGAUUUGAGCACAGUAAAACCAGGGAAAAGACCACAGGGCUCGUAUGGAAGUUGAUCUGUGCUGGCUGGGGAGGAAAAUGUUUUGUUUUUCCUGCAGCCUGACACAAGUUUGAGUUGUGUCUUGCUCAUUGUUCCUCAAGGUGGUAUGGGAGAGUUGAGGGCUGGGACCAGGAUCAUGCAGCUCAGGGAAUAGGACCCCAAAACCCCUCUCCUUCCACCCCUACCACGGGCAGGGACACCUUCCACUCUCCCAGGGUGCUCCAAACCACAUCCAACAUGACCUUGGGAACUUCAGGGAUCUGGGGGCAGCCACAGCUUCCUUGGGCACCCUGUUUGGGAGCAGCUGCAUUCAAGUUUUCCUUUAUUCUUCAUUCCUUGUGAAAUCACAAAGGUUCCCAAACUUUCCAUUACAAACAUCUCCAUUUCCAGAGUGCUGACUGAAGGGUUUCUAGACUUGGCUCCUGCUGUACCAUCUGAACUAUAACACACAUGGACCUUGCUGGCCUUUCAUCCACCCUCAUGGCCAAAACUCACGGAAAAGGCACAGAAUCUUUGGCUUUUUGGAAUGUCCAUGUGCCUGGGACCUGUGUGGCUCCUUGAUGUAAUGGUCAGUGCUGGCUGGGCUGGGGAGGGUGUGGGAAUCCUUGGGAUACACAGGGAAAAGCCUGGUUUUUAUUAAGCACAGCAGCCUUGGGAGCAGAAGCCACCUUGCCAUGGUUCUGCUGUGGAGAGCUGGGAAAUCUCUGCAGGGCUGGAAAUUCCCAGCAGCAAUUCCACAGCCUGAUCCAUCCCCAGUGCCCUGAGGCCUUGGUGUUCCUGGGCACAGCAUCCUGCAAGUUUUCCACUUCCUCACUCCAUCCAUGAGUGCGUCAAACUCCUUUUUCUCUUUUGAGUAGAGCACAGUCUGAUCCAAGCACCAAAGUUCCUGGCUGUCUGUCCUUGUUUUGUAAACUGCUUGUUUUUUUCUUCUUGUUAUAAAAUAUUACAGUUAU